CGGUAGCGGCCUCAUUUGUUGUUGUCAAGGAGAAAAGCUCUUAAACAAAAUUUCUCAGAGACAAAACAUCGAACACUUAGCACGCUAGUUAUUUCGGAUCCAAAAUUUUGACGAAUCAAAUGGAUGAGCUCAGAUCAGCUUUCGAAGAGCACAUUGACCAAAUGUCGGAUCUCGUUCAGAAACUCUCAUCGGAACUCCGCUCCGGCUUUCAACCAGCGUAUGAGCAUUUUAUCGGAUUCUUUCACGCCAUUGACUGGACGGAGCCUUGGUUAAUGGGUUUGAUUGGGUUUUAUGUAAUGCUGCUGAUAAUUGUUAUUUUUUCAAGGAAACAUAUCAAUUUCCAGAUGUGCUUGUUCCUCCUUGCUUUGGGUGGAGUGUACUUUGCUGAGAGGCUUAAUAGAAUUCUUGGUGAGAAUUGGAAGAGCUUUGCAAGUCAAAAUUAUUUCGAUCCCCAAGGACUCUUUCUUUCAGCGCUUUGGUCUGGACCUCUUCUCGUCAUUGCAAUAAUUAUAUUGAUAAACACUCUCUUUUCCUUGUGCUAUUUGAUUGUUCGAUGGAAAAGGGCUGAACUUAGACACCGUGCAAGGCUGUCACAUAACAAACAGGAUUGAGCAAUACCCAUAUUUAUUUUAGUCUUUCUCUCUAGGACAUUCAAGGAGCUAUAUCGUGUCUCCGUGCAGUUCUUCUUGACCCCGGUUAGAUUGCAGAUAUGUCUUUUCUAUAACUCAAGAUCCCUUUUGAUGUCAUUUUUGUUCCUAAGUUUUCGGACAAUAUUAGAUGGAUUAUUUGUAAAUUAGUAUAUUUACUUGUCAUGAAAAAGUCUUUGAAGUUCUAUAGACUGCCUUCACCCAGUUAUGGCCUUUGACAAGUAUGUUUAUCCUGCUUUGUCAUAUGGAUAAUCUAUGAGCUCUAUGUAGUUAAUUCUAACUUGUUUCCUUUUUGAAGUUUCAGGAAUAUAAUUGGAUGUUUGUUUUCUAGGUAA